AUGGAUUCUACAGGAUAUAAUUUGAAGAAAGUUGUUCAUAAUGAUGCCAGUGCGGAUGCUAGUAGUGGUGAUAAUGAUAGUGAGUGUAGCGGCAGUGUGAAAAUGGGCUUCAUUCCAACAAAGGAAGAUAAAGAGCCUGGGAUUACAAGUAACAGUGAUGAGGAGGAGGAGACCAGUGACAAAGAGGAAGCAGUUGUUAUGCAGAUGCUUAAAGAAGAGAAAGAUAGAGAAAAAGAAGCAGAAGACCCAGAUUACAGUAACACUUACAGUAUCUCAGACACUGAAGAAGAGAUACAGCAGGCAUCACAAACUGAAGGCAAAGAUUUCAGAGUUCUCCAGAACAAACGUAAUUCCCAAAGGCCUGAAAUAAGGAAACAUGUUGAAUUUCUGAAGAAGUUGAGGCUACACAUUUGGGCAUCCCUAUCAAGAGCUCAGUAUGUCAGUCUGUUGAAAGACUUUGUUGAGUCUGAAUUCUUUGUGAUAGAUGGGGAUUCCUUAAUACUUAUGUUUUCAGACAAGGAAACACAGUAUCUGAACUUCUUCUACCAAAUUGAAUGCUUCCUGCAGGAUUUCACUGAAAAAGGAGCCAAAUACGUCAUUGUUUUCUUCAAGGAUGCAGAACAGAUGUACUUUCCAUAUCCUCAUUUUCUUUUCUUACGUACUGCAUUAAUAGAGCACCUGAGGCAUAACACAGGCACCGCUGUUCAUACAGAAUUUUCCAAUUGUUUAUCAUCCAGAUGGGAGAUUUUCCUGAAGAAGAGCUAUCCUUACUUCAUCAUGGUAUCUGACAUAGGACUGACCUCUCUCCAGACAGACUAUUUAUCUAUUUUAAUUGCUCAUUCAUUGUCAAAGAAAAUCAACAUUGUGCUUGCUUCAGGGCAGGAGUAUGAUAUUCUUAGAGUUUAUGGAUAUCAUGUUCAGAAUAUGUAUAAACACAGAUUAUUUUUUCAAAAGUAUGAACAAGAUCUGCGACAUGCCUGUGAAAACCUAGUCAGGUGCAAAGAACUAUUUGUGUGUUCAUAUGAACAUCUCACGCUGAGUCUGGACAGCAUACAAAAAGAGGUUCACCAGACUGUCUGUCUGUUGAAACGACUAUGGCCUGAAGGAUCUGACAUUCGGCGUGUGGUCUGUGUUCUUGCUUGUGCCGUGGGAUUAAAAAUACACAGCAACAUGUUGAAAAAUGCAUGUACUUCCAUGGGAACAAAGACAAAGAAAUCAGCAAGAGGAAGAAGUAACCCCCUGUCUCCAGAAGCAGCAGCUGACCUCUGUAGAAUGCAAUGUCUUACAGUGGCUUUUCUUCUUCAUAUGCCUCUUUCACAGAGAGCUCAGAUUAGGGUCAUGAAAUCCUACUGGACUAAGCAAAUUCUACCGUUAAUAAAAAUGCAACAGUUGUGUACACAUUUUGCUCUGACACAGCUAACUAAUACAAACGAUUGGAAAUUGGAUUUAACUUACCUGCCUGACUUAAAUGAUGAUUCACUGCUCAUAAAUCUUGCACAUUACUAUGAGGUCGAAUACACUGAAGGAUUAGAGUUCAAAAAGGAAUUGGGGAAAGAAAUGGAGAGUGAAUACCAAUGUUUAUGGAACACUGUGACGACAUUGGCUGCGAAUUACAGUUUUGGAGAUGCCUUCCCAAUACGAAAGACCUCCGAACUAUUUCUUGAACAGAAACAGACAUUAUUUAGAGACUAUGAAGAAAAAAUUCCUAACAUUGGGCUAAUCUCAGUGAAAUCUGAUCUUUUUAAAGAAUAUGCUGGAGAUGUUUUGAAGGACCUGCCUGUUUUAGAAAGCAAUGAUCCUGCAGUUACUUCACUUAUUAACUACAAGAAAUUUGAUGAGCUUCUUCACUGGCAUUCUUGCAGACCUUUGACUGAAGAAUAUGAGCGAGUACGGUGCAAUGCUGAUGCAAAAUCCAAAGAUCCAGAAGAAAGAAGACAGAUACAAAAGUUACAGACUUUUCAUCAUUUUUAUGGAAGCACUUUGGAAGACGACGCUUCCAAACUUAUUGUACAUCAAGAGCAUGUAAGAUGCUUGCACACAGUGAUAGUUAGUUCUAAAUAUCUUCAUUUUAUCGGAUAGAAAAGUAAAGCGGAAGAAAUUGCAGAGGAAAACAACAGGCGACUAAAAAUUAAGGAAGAAGAGAAAGAACAGGAGCAAUGGAAAGCUUUGUGUAUACAGACUGAAAAGGAAAUAAAAGCAAAUGUGAUUGUUGGAAUAAAUAAAUUGGAGAAGUUCCUCAAGACUCUUAAAUCUGUGAAGUUCAGCGUAGAAAUGACAGGACUGUCUGCCUGCUUAGAAGUAUGGAAGGAACACUGCAGAGAGCAAGGUAAAAAGUCUAAAGAUUUAAGUAAAGCUGUUCAAGUAAUGAGGAGAAUUCAUAUCCUCCUUGAAAAAUACCAAGAUCUCUUGGAGAAACCACAUCUACAAAAGCUGACCAGAUACCUAAGACUUCUUGGAUUUGAGAAUUUGGCAUACUCUCUAUCUGGCCAGAUGAGGAACUAAAGGAAGGAUCAGCAUGUAAGCAACUAUGCUAUCGAAGUGGGUCCAGCUCACUUUCAGCUACAAUACAUGGAUUAUUACUUACUCAGAGAAGAGAGAAAUGAUCCAGAUCCCCGAGUGCAACGUUUCAUACCAGACACAUGGCAGCGAGAACUUCUUGAUGCUGUAGAUAAUAAUGAGUCUGCGGUGAUCGUUGCUCCCACUUCAUCAGGAAAAACAUAUGUAUCAUACUAUUGCAUGGAAAAAGUUCUGAAGACGAGCAAUGAUGGAGUAGUUGUGUAUGUUGCUCCUACAAAGGCGCUUGUAAACCAAGCGGUGGGAACUAUAUACAGUCGAUUCACCAAGAAACUUCCUGAUGGAGUGGUAAUGUGUGGAGUGUUCACACGAGAUUAUCGCAAUGAUGUAAUGAAUUCUCAGAUACUAGUGACUGUGCCUCAGUGUCUAGAAAUCUUGAUGCUGUCUCCUCGUUCCCAGAAAUGGACCAAACGGAUACAAUAUGUUAUAUUUGAUGAGGGCCAUUGUCUUGGCGGUGAAAUUGGAGCAGAGGUUUGGGAGCAUCUUCUGGUAACAAUUCGGUGCCCGUUUUUGGCGCUCUCUGCUACUGUCAGUAACCCGGAACACCUAACUGAGUGGUUACAAUCUGUGAAAAGGUAUUGGCAACGUGCUGGGAAGACAAUAGAGAGAAGCUCUAAAAACUCUGAAAAGAACUGUACAGGAAAAUGUAAAGUGAAAUGUAAAGUACAAGAACAAAAGAAAUCAUAUCGUGUUAGACUAGUCUUGUAUGAGGAAAGAUACAAUGAUUUGGAAAAGUAUGUGUGUUCUCCAAAGGGCAGUGAUUUUAUCAUUGAACAUUGUCAUCCAUGUGCUGCAUUAACAGUCAAUCAUAUUGAGAACUAUGGUGUUCCUUCAGAUCUCUCCCCACGAGAGAGCAUCCAGCUUUAUGACACAAUGGUAAAAGUCUGGCGAGAGUGGCCAAGGGCGCAGGAGCUAGAUCCUGAGGAAUUUGUCUGUUUCAAGAAUAAAGUAGUAAUUAAAAAGGGAGACGUGAGGAAAUAUGAACAGGAACUGAAGAAAGAACUAUGCAAAUGGAUUGUUCUUGGCCAAAGACAGAAGGUGAAUGAGCUACUGGAGCACCUUAAGCCAAAACCUGUGGAUUGCUCAGAACAGGAAAAGUGGAAGUGUUUUGCAAGCUUUGUUGAUAAAUUACAUGAGAUGGAUAAGUUGUCUGCCAUAUUUUUUAUAUUUAAUGUGGAUUCAGUGGAAUGUGCAGCCAGGAAUGUAUUCCUCAAUUUGCGGAAAAAACAAAGAAGUGAACAAGACCCUAAUGCAGAGAGGGAAAAAGAACAUUUAAUGGAUGAACUAAGGAAAGUGAAAAAAAGGCUAAUAAAAUUCAACCCUCAGGAUACCAAAAAGUUGUGCUCCAGUAAAAUGGAAAACAUGGUACUUCUUUUGACUAGAAAAAAACAGUUAGAAAAAAGACUUAAAAGGCAAACUGCUAUCCCUUCUGCAUGUACUUACGCUAAUCCUAAGGCAGUGGAUGAAGAUACUUUGAGGAGGAUUUUUCAUCGACUUAGGUUUGAGAGAAGAGGUUAUCUACAGCAAAUAAUGGCACUGAGAGGCAUUGGGUACCAUCAUGGAUCUAUGGCUGCCAAGGAAAGACAAGUAGUGGAGAUGCUUUUCAGGAUGGGAUAUAUCAAGGUAGUCACAGCUACUUCAACACUUGCUCUAGGAAUCAACAUGCCAUGUAAAUCUGUUGUCUUUGCUGAAGAUUCUGUCUUUUUAGAUGCCCUAAAUUACAGACAGAUGUCAGGACGUGCUGGAAGACGGGGACAAGAUAUGAUUGGAAACGUGUUCUUCUAUGAUAUCCCACUGCCCAAAGUUGAAAGACUUAUGAAAUCCAAUGUACCUCAGUUGAAAGGCCAGUUUCCUCUGACUAUUUCCUUAAUAUUGAGACUCAUGCUGUUGGCUGUGAAGGCUGAUGACAAAGCAGAUGCCAAAGCAAAGGCAUUGUCAGUGUUGAAGCAUUCAUUGAUGUCAUUCAGAAAAGAAAGAUAUGCUGAAAUAUUAAAAAAUUAUUUCAUGUUUUCCUUGCAAUUUCUUAUCAAAGAGAACUACUUGGAUCAAGAAGGUAACCCCAUAGGAUUUUCUCGACUUGUGACACACUUGCACUAUUAUGAACCUUCAAAUUUUGUUUUAGUGAGCUUUCUUGUGAAAGGUUUAUUCCACAAAUUGUGCCAGCCAAUUAAAGGCUCAACUGUUUUUUCAGAAGAUGUCCUGGAAAAGCUAGUUCUCAUUCUAGCAAACCUAUCUGGGAGAAAAUAUCUGCCAGCCUGCUCAAUGAAAUACAAACACAAAUUUUGUCAGUCAAAGGUCUUUCUAGAAGGUCUGCCAGAAGACUUUGCAGAUGCUGUAAAUGAGUACAACACCAAAGUAAAGGAGAAUUUUGCUCGUUUUCUUAUGACAACUGCCAAGCUGGCAGAUAUGAAACAAGAAUACAAACUUCCACUGUCAAAGACAGAUUUUACAUCUAAGAAUUGGCGUGGCUCUGAACUAGCGUCUUAUUUGAUGGACAACACCAAAAGCAUAUCUGCCAUCUCACCUUUUGCAUGUUUAUCUGGAGUGGUUGAUAACGAUCUAUUUCAUGGGGAGAUCAUUAAUAAAGCUGUCUUACGUUCCCUUGGAGUUAAUGUCACAAACUGCCCCCUGCUUUACUUGCACAAGUAUGAUAAUCAGGGAAGAAGGAGGCCACUCAAUGCAUAUGCACUGGACUUUUAUAAGCAUGGUUCCUUGAUUGCAUUGACAAUGGAUAACUGGUUAAAUGAAGGAGAUGCUUACUGCGCACUCAAAGAUUUUUCACUCCUCAUUAAGUCUAUUGGGACAUCCCUGAGUGAACUGUGUGAUGACCCAAAUGAUAACAUUCUUCUGGCAUUUCAACAACUGGGUGAAAUCUAUGAAAAGAAACUGAAAUUUUACAAUGGUGUAUUUUCACAAAAAGAUGAACUAUCUGCUUCAAAGUUUAACACUAUCAAACUCUCAUGA